UAUCACCAGGUGUGUGCAUAAGGGUUUAUCUCUCCGGCAGAGACGAAGCGCUCGUCGUGGUCACCGUGACGGACGUGAACGACGCGGAGCCGACGUUCGUAGUUCCGGCGACGCCCCAGACGGUCGUCGCCUACCCUACGGACCCCGCCCUCCAGAAGGUGGUGGGCCCAGUCAUCACUCUGCAGGCGAAAGACGAAGACUCGUUGCCGAAAUACAGCCUGGAGAGCGCCGUGGACGGGUUUUAUGUGGACGAGAACACGGGCGCCGUCUACCUGCAGGAGGAGAACGGCUGCGGCCAGGAGUGCGAGGUCACCGCCCGGGCCUCCGACGGGAAGCACAGCGUCACUGCCGCGAUCAAGGUCUUGAGUCUGGACAUGGACCACAUCUACUCCCUGACGCUGGACAACGUGAACGUCCCCGACGUGGACAGCGAACUCGAUAGUAUCUCGGAGAAAGCGGGAGUCAAGAUCGCCAAGGUUUACGUGACCCCCAAAAUCGCGGAGACCAGGACGCCCAGCCGCGCCCCACGCAUGCCGCCCGCAGCACGAAGACUCGGCUUCUCUCGCUGGAAUGGGUGGGAGGCUCGGGUUGAAUCCUGGCAGCUGGCGGUUCACGUGUAUGCCGUUGAGGGCGAGCAGCUGAUGGCCCUCGACCAGCUGAAUCAGAAACUGACUGAAGGAAAUACCAACCACGAGGCGAGCUCCUUCGAAGAGAGGGACGCCUUCGAGCCGCCGCAGCCCGAGGGCCCGAGCACCGUCGGGUACCAAGUGGCCGUCGGGAUCCUGGGGGCGCUUCUGGGCCUCAUUCUCAUUGCUGCAGGAUUCCUCGCCUACAGGAAGCAGCGAGGCAGGUCCGAUCGGCGGCGCCAGGAACCCAAGGGCAUCAGCACGGUGGGCGGAGCAUACCCCAAUCUCGCCCUCAGCGACGAGGAGGACAGGACGGACAGCGCCUCGCAGGAGCGCAAGAACGGUUCCCUGGGCGGCGCGGGCGGAGGAGGAGGCUACAAGAUCGACGAGAGACGCGACUCUCCGCCUCUCUUCAUGAGCUCACUCUCGGCCUCCAAGUCGGAGCCGCCCGUGAGCAAACCCAGCGAGCAGCAGCGCGGAUUGCGACGCGUGGACCCGGGCAAGCCAGAGUACUACGGCAUGUCCUCCCCGGCGCCCCCGCCCUCCUACUCCUCCAACCAGGCUGCUUCCUCCUCCUCCUCCUCCUCGGUGUACCCGAACCUCUCUUCCUCCGGCGCGGGCCCCUCCUCCUCCUCUUCCUCCUCCGCGCCCAAACCCAGCUCCUCGUCCUCCUCCUCCAUGUACCCCUCGCCCCCGACGCCCUCCUACCAGAGCCAGAAGCCGGUGAAGAAGGAUCCUCCGCCCCUUGGUUCCGCUCCUGCCAAGUCGAUCCUACGAGGAACCUCCCCCGACGCCGGCCAGGAGGUGCCGCUCGCGCUGUUUUCCAGUGGCAAGGAACCCAGCAUGCCAGAGGAGGACUACGACGAAGAGGUUAAGACCUCCGCCUUCAGUGGCCUGAAGAAGUCGCCGCCCCCUAGGAGGUCGUCCACGCACGCGCUGGCCGAGGACGCCGCCGACGACAGGAAGGAGGACUCCGACCCAGGCGAGGACGACGAGCGGAGGAAGUCUGUGGCGUUCAAGAUCAUGGUCGACACGAAGGAGAUCCAGCCGGAGAACGAAGGCCCUGCCCAGAAGAAGGCGGCGGCGAACAGCGACGCCAUGGACAUCCUUGCGGCCAACGCGAAGAAGAUGGCUGAAGAAGGCGCCGACGACGACAGCGACGAGGACGUGGACGAAAAGUUCUAAAAGAAAUGUGACGGUUGAUUAGUGAUUGUAAGAGUGGGUUCGAUGCGAAAGAUGGCGUGGUGGUCUUGAGAAGAAAAUUUCACCUCUUCGGGGCAAAGAUGGCCAUGACAGCUAAUAGUGGGGGAAGGGGGGGGGUCAUGAACAAUAAGAUAGUGGUGGAGGAAGCAAGCAUAUCAUGAUGACGCAGGCGUUGUCGUUGCACAGGCAGGAAGAUUAUGACUUGAUAAUAAUGAAGACACGAAAGGCUUCGAGGCUGAAGGUGGAAGGACAAAAGGACACAGGAGAUGACAGACAUGACAGACAGCGGACGUCACGCCUCCAGCAGGAAGAGUGCAAGAGCGGGUGGGGCCUGGGAGCACGUCUGGCCUCGAAGGGAUAAGGCGAAUUGAUCACCUUUACUCUGAUCCUCAGCUUCUUCCGUUUUGCAUUCGUCUUCUGCAUCUGCCGCUGGGGUGGCUGUGCUUAGUGAAGACCAGGGUGAACUGUGACGAUAAAUUUCGUUUUACGAUUAUAUGAAGUUAAUUUAGAGUUGGUGAAAGGACUAGAUUGUUAGAUAUUAAGUAUACUGUUGUUCAUGAUUUUUGUAAAAAACAAUUGAUUUAGGUUUUCAUUUGCGUCUUUUGGAAGAUAUUUAUCAUCGGAACCCUAUACUACUGUGAAAUCAUUUUAUGCAUUUGUUUGUCCACAUAUAUGUUAAUUAAACAGUAUAGUUUAUUUACAGUAAAAUAAGACUUCAGUAGGAAAAUACAUAUGGGCCCACUAUAUCAACAUGUUACCGCUUACAUACUCUAAUAUCAUAACUUCCAUUGUUGUUUAUACGUUACUUUGUCAUGAUUAUAUAUGAAUUUUAGUUAAAUGUUGUUAAUUAAGCUGUUAUAAAAGUUUAACAGAUAGUGUAUUUUUUUCUUUCCUUGAUUUUUUUCCCUAAUAACUCAUUAGUCAUCUUAACAUAAACUACAAACUUUGCCCGAAAAUGUCGAUUUCGUGUAAACAAAACUAAUUUGUAUGAAGAAUAAUGCGGCUACAAAGUUCGGUGACCUGUGACUAGUCCCAUUCUCGUUAAACGUACGGCUUGACAAUUGGUUUUCCGUCCUAAUUGUCAUGGCACAUGCCCACGAAAAUUGGUUAAUUGUUCCCUUGACUGAAGUUUCCGAUCGCGGGCGGCGCCGGCCAGAGCACGUGGCAGCCGGACGCGCGCUCGUGGAGUCGUCCGCGUGGACCCUCAGGAGCCCCAAGUAAAUUCGCGGAGGACUAUGUUCGCGGAAACGGACGCGUGAGGUGCUGCCAUCUGUCAUGCGUCCACAAUACUACUUUUCCUGGCGCCUGAAGAGUAGUUUUGAUUCACAAGUUGGCCAGGGCUGCCAACCUCCUCCCGAAGUGGGCUGAAAGGGGGAUCUGGGCUCAAACUUUGCUCUUGAAACCGGAUCCUGAGACGAAGUUUUCUGGAAUAUUCAAUAAAGAUGUUUUCCAUU